AUGGCUAUUUUCUCUCCAACAGUGACAUACCUGAAGCCACAACCAUUUCCAACUUUCAACACCGAAAAUUCCUCCUCUCUCCCUUCGUCCGUCCAUCCUCCCCUACGUCUAUUACCUCCUCCUUCGCCGCUCUGCACGACUUCCAGCACACGGGUCCGCCCUUGCCACGCCGCGUUAUCUCCCCCACCGCCACCUCAGUCCGACCCUCCUCCCGAAAAAGACCCACAAGAGAUCAACAAUUAUGAAUGGACUUUUGGUGUGGGGCGGCGGCUGCUUGGGUUUUUGGGUAGAGCUGGUUCAUGA